GUCAGUUGAUUUUCAUUUUCCGUUCAGAUAACAUUGAAUUGAUUGUUUAAUUUUUUUCUUCUGUUUCUUUUCAUUAAAUUAAAUUGAAAGCAUUUGAUUGUGAUUAAAAUUAUGAAAGUUCUUGUGUUUUUAAUAUAUGUCGUGGGAUUAAGUAUAGCACAGUUUCCAAAUGGAAGAGUUCUUGAACCACCUAUUCCAACGCUUUGUGCUCAACGAGUAAUUCAUGACAGAACCCCUGAUGGAAAAGGCUAUUGGUUCUCAUGGAAAGAUUCAUCAACUCAAGGCAAGGAAGAAGACUGGUUGGGAGCUAGAAACUUCUGUCGUUCACGCUGUAUGGAUUUAGUAUCAGUCGAAACAUCACCAGAGAAUGAGUGGAUUAAACAAAGAAUUGUCGAUGGAAAGCAAAAAUACAUUUGGACGAGUGGUCGUCUUUGUGACUUCAUGGGAUGUGAUCGUCCAGAUUUACAGCCAGUUAGUAUUAAUGGAUGGUUUUGGACAGCCGAAUUGCAAAAACUUGCACCGACUACUGAUCGUCGACAAAACGAUUGGUCAGAAAAUGGUGGAAUAGGCCGACCACAGCCAGACAACCGUGAACUUCAACAAGGAGGUGCCAAUGAGAAUUGUUUAGCCAUUCUUAACAACUUCUAUGAUGAUGGUGUUCAUUGGCAUGAUGUCGCAUGUCAUCACGUGAAACCAUGGGUUUGUGAAGAAAAUGAUGCAUUGCUUAAAUACGUUCGUUACACCAACCCAAAUUUGAGAAUUUGAAAUAUUGGAGACUUCAUAGAAUCAUCACAGUAUAACUUUAAACUAACACUUCUUGUUUUAAAAAAACUCACUUUUAUGUAAGGAUUUGCAGCUCAAUUAACCGCUGUUUAAUGUAAAAAAUGAAAAAACCAAAUUGAUAUCGUUAUCAAAUAUUAAAUUACACGAUUUAAUUUAUUGGAAUAAAUAUUGAGAUUAAAUUAUCUUUCGAAUUUCCGUUCAAAAUAGAUAUUUAUUAGUUCGAUGAAUUUUUCGAGUGUGUCAUCUAUUCAAACAAUUGAGUCGCACAUACGAUGCAGAAGUUUUUGUAUGUAAAUUGCAUAAAACUUUCAUUAUAUAAAUACAUAUAAAUAAAUACUUAAAACAUGGAAAUGGAAAAAU